AUGGCAUCUGUGGAGGAGGCCAGUGCGGAUCGUAAGGAGCGAACCAAAAAAUUGCCGCAAGAGAUCAAGCAGGCCCAUGAGGAGCUGGAAAAACUUGCUGAGAAGCAGCAAAUAGAACCAUAUCAUGACACAUUGCGCAUUGAGAAACUUGACAAAGAAUUUGAUGUCUUCAAGUGGAAGAGCAGGGCCAAUGUGGAGGAUAAAGCAGCGGCCACAGAGAUUGACCCAAAUGCCCAACAGUAUUUCUACAGGGCCUGCACUAUGGAGGAGGCUCACCUGUGGCUUGACAGCAGGUCGCAGGAAGAUGCGAUUGCCAAAGAGGGUCAGCCAUGGGCUAGCUACGCGGAUUAUUCAGAGAAGUACCUGGAUGGAGUGGAUCGGAAUAUUCUUCUCGAGGUGCACGCACCUGGAUGGGUUGCAGUACAACAGUCCAUUGGCAUUGAAUAUGGAAAGUCUGAAGGAGGCGACGACCAUUCUUGGUUCACAGGGCUCACCAAAACCGCUGGCCACUCAGGAGCAAAGGAUGAGAAUGAGGCACUGAAGGACGUCUGGCUCCAGCAUGAUCAACGGGUGAAGAAGUUGUGCGAGAAAUACGAACUGAACAGUGACCCCAAAAGCUUGAACUUGAAGGAUCAAGCCGGCUUGUUGAGGGGCAUUCUUUUCGUAGAUCUGAUACGAAGUGUCCGAAUUGUCCGCAUGAAGCUCCACACAUGGAAGUUCAUCCAGAAACUGGAGAGCUGA